UACUCCAUAUAAAGUCACUCCCUUCUUCUUCUUCUACUUCAUCUCUCCCAAUCGACUGUCAAGUGUGAACACUCUCUGGUUAAUCUUCUUCACCAUUUCCUCUCUCUCUCUCUACAAUGUCGUCGUCGGAGAGAGCCAUUAUCUUCUUCACUCUCUGCAUUUUCUAUUCUUUCACCUUUACCCAUUCAAAAACCACCAUUCUCGACGUAUCAUCCUCGAUUCAGAAAACCCUAGAUUUCUUCACUCUCAACCAAUCAGCUAUACGAAACCCCGUCCUUCAUCAACAGAGAAACUCAUAUUCUCUUUCUUUCGACCUACAUUCUCGCUCCUCUCUUCACCGACCUCAUUACAACGACUACAAAUCCCUCACCUUAGGUCGCCUUCACCGCGACAAUAUCCGAGUCAAAUCACUACAAACUCGAUUAAACCUAGCAAUUAGAGGAAUCACUCACUCAGAUCUAAAGCCAAUCGAAACAGAUUCAAAUCUAGAAACGCCAGUAAUUUCCGGUACAAGUGAAGGAAGCGGCGAGUAUUUCACACGAAUCGGAAUCGGUCAACCGGCGAAAGAAGUUUACAUGGUGAUCGAUACAGGAAGUGACGUAAACUGGAUACAAUGUUCUCCCUGCGCCGAUUGUUAUCAACAAACCGAUCCAAUCUUCGAACCGUCUUCUUCCUCAUCGUACUCACCUCUUACAUGUGAUACAGUUCAAUGUAGAUCGCUCGACGUUUCCGAAUGUCGCACCGGCGAUUGUCUCUACGAAGUUUCCUACGGCGACGGAUCAUAUACAGUCGGCGAUUUCGUGACGGAAACGAUCUCUUUCGGUAGAAUGAAUCAAGUUAAUCGAAUCGCAAUCGGUUGCGGUCAUAAUAACGAAGGUUUAUUCGUCGGCGCCGCUGGAUUAAUCGGUCUCGGCGGUGGUUCUUUAUCAUUUCCUUCUCAAAUUAAAGCUUCAAGUUUAACUUAUUGUUUAGUAGAUCGCGAUUCCGAUUCCGCUUCAACUUUGGAAUUCAAUUCCAUAAUCCCUCCUUACGCCGUAACCUCUCCGAUGCUUCGUAAUCCGAAGUUUCAAACCUUCUACUACGUUAACCUAACGGGUUUCAUGGUCGCCGGCGAGGAGAUAUCAAUAGAUCGAUCGAUUUCUGAGAUUGACGGUAACGGCGAGGGAGGAAUUAUAUUGGAUUCCGGUACGGCGGUGACGAGAUUAGAGACGGCGGCGUAUAAUGCGAUUCGAGAUGAGUUUUUGAAAGGGACGAAAGGAUUGAAGAGAGUGAAUGGAGUGGCGUUGUUUGAUCUUUGUUAUGAUUUGUCGAUGAUGAAGAGUGUGAAUGUUCCGAAAUUAGGGUUUGUGUUUUCGAAUGGGAAGGUUUUGGAUUUGCCGGCGAAGAAUUAUUUGAUAGCGGUUGAUUCGGUCGGGACUUUUUGUUUUGCGUUUGCUCCAACCACUGCUUCGUUGUCGAUUAUUGGGAAUGUGCAGCAGCAAGGGAUACGUGUCACUUUUGAUAUGGGUAAUUCUCUCAUUGGAUUCUCGGUGAAUAACUGCUGAAAAAAAGGAUUUUUAAUUUAUUUGCUGUUGGAUUUUGGGACCGCUUUAGACAAGUCUGUCUUUAUUAUUAUUAUUAUUAUUUUUUGUAUAGUAAUUUUUUUUUUAUUUUAGAUUUGGAAUCUAACUUUAUGUAUUGUGGUUAAAAAGUGAUCUGUUAUGUCAGUUAAAUGUAGUUAUUUGUUGUAUGACA